GUGAUACGGGAUCGGCGGACGCUUUGACUGAAAGUCCGACGACUCCAAUUGGGAAGCCGAGGAGGAGGAGACCGGACAGGGUUUCGGCUGCUGCCAACCUUUCCGCCACCUUGGUUCCAUCCCCCGCAGACUUCCACAACAAUAACAAUAACAACAACAACAACAAUAAUGUUAAGAACGAAAGACUUAGUCCCGGCACUCCGGACACCUCCUCCAGGUCCGUGACGCCCUCGCAUCCGGACACGCCGCCUGCACCGGAUGCCAACCCCAUGCUGCACAUCUCCGGAAGAAACUACAGCGAUUUCAUGAGGAGUUUAGCAGCCAAAUACAACAACGCCAAUCCAAACGAGUACUUUUCGAGGAACGGUUUUCCGCCGCCUCUGGAUCCGCGCUACAAACAAUCGUUUCCACUGAUGCCCGCCCUCCAGACACCAAACAAAGAAGACCCAACUAAGAAACCCGAAUUCCCUCAGGUCCUGAACCCUUUCGCCGUCGCCGGUUCGGCGAUGUUUCCGCCCCUCAUCGACAUGUCCUCCACGCAAGCCCUCCUCGCGAUGGUGCGAACGGCCAAAGAGGCCGAACUCCAAGGGCUGCUGAAGAACGCGAAACGAUCCGAUCCUUCCUCACCGUUGGAUCUGUCCGCGGCGGCUGCGCCGCCUCCUACGAAAAGGCCACGUAACAAGACUCCGUCCACCGGAAGCGUAGGAAGUCUACCCAAAAGGGCCGAAUCCGAGAGUCCCAAACUGCAUGAAGACAUCUCGCAUUGGACCGUCGAGGACGUCUGCAAUUUCGUUCAGAGCAUCGACAUUUGCGCGGAAUACGCACUGGUGGUGGGCGAGGAAAGAAGUCUAUGGAAGAAGAGGAGGAGGAGGACUAUGAUGCAGAGGUUGAAGAUGAGGAUGGCGGUGGAGGAGGAACAAAACCAAAAGAAAAACAAAAGAGCAAAGAAGCAAAAAAAACAACAGCAACUGAAACAAAACAGAACGGAAUGGAUGGAAGCCGGCCCUGCUUCAAUUGAAAAACUUCCAACUUCCAUCCAUCCAUCCACCACGCACGUAGCGGUCUGACCGGAACC